GUUAAGCGUUUGCUUGUUACAGUUGUGUGUGGCUACAGCAAGGCUACAGAGUUAACCCGGCUCUUUGUUCAGCGGAGCGGCCACGGGGGGUCGGGCCGACUGCCAGCUGUCUUCACUACGGUUAGAAGCUCGCUCCGUUAUUCACCGCAGUCGAGGCCCGCCUCUUGCCACGGAACCGUGUGAGGUUAUCGCGUCUUCGCACAAAAACUUUCUUACGUCAAAUCAAUGGAUAUAACCUAACUCACCGCGAGUUUCGCAGACCAAGGACCGAAAUGUGACCCGUUCAUUGCUCAAGGCUCAGAAAAGUGUUAAUCAAUGAGCCCGUAAACCCGUGUUUAAUAGUUUAGAAGUGUGCCAGUGAUGUGAAUUUUUUUUGUGGUUGUGUAUCGUGCGAUUUAAGGAAAUAUGAGUAUUCAAAAGUGUUUUCUGGAUAACUCCAGCCGGAUGAUCAAAGCCAUGUCGACGGCUAAGUCAAACAACACUGAGACCAAGACGGACGUGCAGAGCGGCCUAAGGAAAGUCGGUCUGGCGAUGCUUUCGAUGUCAGUGCCGCUGUGCGAUCCAAAAAAAACAACAAGAAGCUGGAUAGAGAGUACAUUUCAGAAGCGAGAGUGUAAAUGCUUCGUUCCCAGCGCUAAGGAUGAGCAUGUGUGCUGGUGCGGCCUUAGCAGAACAGCUCAUGGCGCCAACAUCGUCACCGCUAACCCUGGAGAGGCGUGGGUACCAGCCCGGCACACGCAAGCCGGCCCUACGGACGCUUACGGGACAGUCGAGUUUCAGGGCGGACCACAUCCAACUAAAGCCCAGUACGUGCGGCUAUCUCACGACACCAGGCCUGAGUUAAUAGUCCAGCUUUUGACCAGAGAGUGGGCUCUGGACAGGCCAAAACUCCUCAUCACUAUACAAGGAGGCAAAGCAAACUUCGAUCUACAGCCCAAACUCAAGAAAGUGCUCAGAAAAGGUCUGCUCAAAGCCGCUAAAACAACCGGGGCGUGGAUAUUCACCGGCGGCACUAAUACGGGUGUGACCCGUCAAGUUGGAGACGCGUUGCAGUUAGAGAGAUCCCAGCGGGCAGGUCGAGUGGUCAGCAUCGGAAUAGCGCCGUGGGGUAUCGUCGAGGGGGCCAACGAGCUCAUCGGGAAAGGGCGAGAUGUGCCUUACCACGCUAUCGCUUCUCCCAGAUCAAAACUGGCGGUGCUGAACAACAGACACGCAUACUUCUUGCUGGUAGACAACGGGUCUGUCGGCAGGUACGGAGCCGAGAUCGUGCUACGGAGGAAACUGGAGAAAUACAUUGCCGCCCAAAAACUACAUCCCUACACGCAUUCGUCGACGCCCGUCGUGUGUCUGGUCAUCGAAGGUGGAACGAACACAGUGAGAGCGGUUCUGGAGUACGUGACUGAUAACCCACCGGUGCCGGUGGUGGUCUGCGAUGGAAGCGGUCGGGCAGCGGACCUCAUCGCUUUUGUUCAUAAGUACGCAUCGGAAACCGGCGAACAAACAGUGCUGGAGUCAAUGCGAGAUUACCUGAUAGGCACCAUACAGAAGACCUUCGAAGUCGGACUGCAGCAAGCUGAGUGUUUGUACACGGAACUAUUGCAGUGCACGAGAAAGAAGAAUUUGAUAACGGUCUUCAGGAUUCAAGAGCGUGCAGAAGGUGGAGAAGUCCAAGAGCUUGAUCAGGUCAUACUGACGGCGUUGUUCCGGGCCCAGCAUCUGACUCCAAGUGAACAGUUGUCUUUAGCCCUCACUUGGAACCGGGUCGACAUCGCCAGAUCCGAGAUCUUCGUUUACGGACAGGAAUGGCCUCCAGGCGCCCUAGACGAAGCCAUGAUGCAAGCCCUGGAGCACGAUAGGAUCGACUUCGUUAAGCUUCUCCUCGAGAACGGCGUGUCCAUGAGGAAAUUCCUCACGAUUCCUAGACUUGAAGAACUUUACAACACGAAGAGCGGGCCUAGUAACACCUUGAGGUACAUCUUAAGGGACGUGAGGCCUCAUCUGCCCAAAGGCUACGUGUACACGCUUCACGACAUCGGUUUGGUGAUCAACAAACUCAUUGGCGGAGCUUAUAGGUGCUACUACACACGUCGGAAGUUUCGACCGAUCUACGCAAAGGUGAUGAACAAAAGCGUCAAUGUACAUCGCAACAGUGCGUCCUUCACCAGGCAUAACGCUGGAGGCCUGUCGCUCAUCACCGGGUUCAUGCCGGUCACCAGUGAAAUGGCGCUUUUCGAUUAUCCUUUCAACGAGCUUUUAAUGUGGGCAGUCCUAACGAAGAGACAUCAAAUGGCGCUCCUCAUGUGGACACAUGGCGAGGAGUCGCUUGCGAAAUCGCUCAUAGCAUGCAAGCUGUACAAGGCCAUGGCCCACGAGGCAGCCGAGGAUGAUAUGGAGACUGAAGUUUAUGAAGAGCUAAGGCACUACGGCAAAGAAUUUGAGAAUAAGGCUUUGGAGCUUCUAGAUUACUGCUACCGCCAAGAUGAUGAUCAGGCCCAGCAACUCCUCACGUGCGAGCUCCAGAACUGGUCCGGUCAGACCUGUCUCAGCUUAGCCGUGACCGCGAACCAUCGUGCGCUACUCGCUCAUCCGUGCUCACAAAUAAUCUUAGCGGACUUAUGGAUGGGCGGCCUCAGAACGAGAAAGAACACCAAUCUCAAGGUAAUUCUGAGCCUGCUGUGUCCGCUGUACAUUCUGAGAUUGGAGUUCAAGUCCAAAGAGGAACUUCAGCUGAUGCCGCAGACGGAAGAAGAGCAUCUAGAGAACGAGAGCAUCGAGGAUGAUAGGAGCACCAAGGAUCCGACAGAUGCCGAGCAGGCGUUGAUUGGCUCAGGGGAAUGCGAGACCCGGGUCGAUCAGAACGGGAAAGUUGGUAAAGUAGGAUGGGAACCAUCGUACAGAGAGCUGCCAGAGUACCACCCAUCUGAAAUUAAACGAAUGAGGCCACUGCGACUGAGGAAGAAGAUCUAUGAGUUCUUUACGGCACCGAUCACUAAAUUUUGGGCCGAUUCGAUAGCCUACAUAUUGUUCCUGUUGAUGUUUACAUACACAGUAUUAGUCAAGAUGAAUCCUACACCUUCUUGGCCGGAAAUAUAUUCUAUAUGUUAUAUAUUAACUUUCUUAUGCGAGAAGAUUAGAGAAAUCGUAACAUCCGAGCCUGUUGCCAUUAGACAUAAGUUCAGUGUGUGGGCAUGGAACAUGUGGAACACGUAUGACGCUGGUUUUAUAAUAUUCUUCUUAGUUGGAUUGACGCUGAGACUCAGAGAGAUCUCAAGAGACGUAGGGAGAGUUAUAUACUGCGUCGAUAUUAUAUAUUGGUACCUAAGGAUCUUGAAUAUAUUGGGUGUCAAUAAGUACUUAGGUCCCCUAGUCACAAUGAUGGGUAAAAUGGUAAAGAACAUGAUAUACUUCGUGGUGCUAUUGCUAGUGGUAUUAAUGUCUUUCGGUGUUGCCAGACAAGCUAUACUCCAUCCAGAUAAGGACGCUAGUUGGCAUCUAAUCAGAGAGGUAUUCUACCAACCGUACUUCAUGUUGUACGGUGAAGUAUUCGCUGGCGAUAUAGAUCCUCCUUGCGGGAAGGAGAUCGGCGACCGGAAAUGCGUCACCGGAAGAUGGAUCACGCCCAUCGCCAUGACAGUGUACCUGCUCAUCGCCAAUAUAUUACUGAUCAAUCUCCUAAUUGCCGUUUUUAAUAAUAUAUUCAACGAAGUCAAUGAAGUCUCGCAUCAGGUGUGGAUGUUCCAAAGGUUCACAGUGGUCAUGGAGUAUGAACAGAAGCCAGUUCUGCCGCCACCGCUGAUCAUCUUCUGCCACAUCUACGCCGUUGGCAAGUGGGUGACCAGAAACGUCUCGCACAAGAGAUUCCAAUACGACAACGGACUGAAGCUGUUCUUGGAGAAAGAAGACAUGGAGAGGCUUUAUGACUUCGAAGAGGAAUGCGUGGAGGGAUACUUUAGGGAACAAGAAAUAAAAUUAUCGAAUUCAAUAGAGGAGAGAGUUAGGAAUACAACAGAUAGGGUAGAACAUAUAACGACCAAAAUGGAAGACUUGAAUCAAAAGGCAAAUUGCCAAAUACAAUCGAUGCAGAGCGUUGAAUUUAGGUUAAGAAAGCUCGAAGAUAUAGCGGAGCAGACGAUGAGCCACCUGGCGGUGAUACACAGGUUCAUGGCGACUCAUCCUUCGCUGGUCAACCGGGGGUCCACAGACACUCUCGGACCGCCGCCCCCAAGCUUCCAGGCCGGGGGGAAUAGACUUAGAACUGCCAGUGAUCGCUCCGAGGUACUAUCAGACAGCGACACUGGUGCUCGCUUCGCCGUGCGCCCGGUACAAGAGGAGGACGAACAACCCUCCUGCCACUCUGACGACGAGCUGCCGCAGUCGGGAACAGAGGCUAUAUGUGGAGAAGCCAAGGAGCCGGAAGCCGACUCGAUAUCCACUUCGUCCGGAGGGAGCGCAGCCGGUCCUGACGUCACGGUGGUACGGCAGCAACCAGCCAUAAUGCCGGCCAGACAACGAUCAUCGGAUAGCAACAGAACCGAACCCAGUGAUGAGAAGAAAGUGGCAUCAUCGACAGACGACGCUUUCCUCCCAGAAGUCCGCGAAAUGCCUACAGACCUGCACAGCUUGAGACCUCGGACCACAUCGGGCGGGACAAGACGUACAGCUAACACCAGAAGGCGCUCCGAAGGAGGCAACGACUGCGGCAUGGGCCCCUACUCCUCACAACACUUGGCUCCGAGGAGACAGCACAGUCAAACGCAUUCUGAACCCGACAACUCUGCAGUAGACGCUGGUUCUGUGCACAAUUCCGUAACAGGUCCUCAAUCGGGGUGGGAGGGCGCGGGGGCCACGGGGGCCGCGGGGGGGACAGGGAGGGCUCGCGUGGGGGGCGCGCCCCGCUCCCUGCUGCUCGCCAUGCACGAGUACACGAGCAUCACGGACGAACUGGAAACUGUUUAUGGACUCUUCUCACCGCCGCACACGCCGAGAACACCGAUAACUUCACGUCUGCUGUCCCCCGCCCGCGCGGCCUCUCCCUCCGUCCGUCGACGUCACGCCAGCGAGAUGUCCAACCCCGAGUUCGCACUCUUCAUGGAGAAGGAGCACCUUCGAGGAGCCGAAGAAGACGACUACAUCAUCAUGGAGAACCUGAUCCAAAGGCGCCUAGAAAUGGGGUCUGUACUGGACAGAUACGAGGAGGAGGAGGGCGGGGAGGGGGCGGGCGCGGGGGGAGCGAUCAGCAUCAGCGUCUGCGUCAACACCAGCGAGGAGCAACCACAGAGUUCGAGUCUCCUCACCGUGACAGACAGACGUCUACCGCAUCAGAGGCACUCGCUAAGGAGAUCUUCAGCUGUCGACAGCCGGGAGCUUCCGUCGCCCCUGCAGCCUCUGCUCGGAGAUGAUGCUUGUUGCGAAGUCUUACUGCCGGUUCCGAGACAGCCUUCGGGAGAUACGAACGCAUCUAGCGACCUCUCGCUCUCACACAUGGUGAGCGAGAAUCUCCCGCCGCGGCCCUCCAUAGUGCUCGACUCGUCUCAGCUCCCGCGUCAAAGGUCCGCGGAGCAACAGCAGCCGCAGCCUCCGGGACCGUCCAGACCCGAGACAAUGUGCUAAGUCUACCAGUUCACGGCGUAAACAAACUUGAGAUAAAUAUGUAAAUGUAAGUGACCUAAAAGAAGAACGUACAGACAGACGGUAUUGGAGAGGACGCAUUAGUAUUAUAGUGAACAUAACACCAAAUAUUAUUUGUAAAUUUGUAACGUCUCCGCACGUUUUAUCUAUCGAAAUCUUUAUAUAACUUUUUCUAUUAGAAAUAUUUGAGUCCAUUUUUUGAUGCGUCUGCAGCAUUAAAUACGGUUGGGAUUUAUUACAAAAAAAAGGGUGCGUGUACUUAUGUACGCGCGUAAGAAGUUAUACUUUAUUUUUAUUAAAUUUAUUUCUUUUUUUUAAUUUAAAUUUUAAUCAAUUUGAAAAAAACUCCAUUAAACAACAUCCUCAAACACGCAUAUUGGACAUCCCUUUUCUUGACAUCGUAUAAAUUCGUUAAUUCUCGGUACGGUUCGGAAAGUUUACCUGCGGCUAUAUUCAGACUCGCCAAGUUACGUCGGUCGUAUUGCAAUAGUAAUGCAAUGCGUAUAGUGGGCAACUUCAUUCUGUUAAUUUUGUGUCAAGGUGCGCGUACAUCGUAAAAUUUCACUCUCAUCAAUUUUUCAUAACGCGCCUAAAGAAGUAUAACUUCAAAAAUCGCGAAGUUGGUUCAUUGGAUGGCGGAAGUGAUGUUUUAGAUCGUCUCGUUUGGCAAUGAGAGCCAUAAACAUUUUUUACAAGACUACAUUGAGUGUACUAAUCUUUUUAUCAAUUAUUUGGCACAUCCAAAUAUUUUGUUCACACAAGAAAACUGGUAGAUGAUGUGAUUUAAGCUGUUGUUAUAGUUUAGGUGAAUAUGCAAUAUGCGUUUUAAAACGCCUAAUAAAAUCAAAUUAUCGUAAAUACAAAUCGAGCGAUAAAAUAUACAAAAAUGUUGUUAAAUCAAUAAUACGCUCUUUUUUUUUAUUAAUAGAUACGCGUGUUUUUUUUGUGUUUUUUUUUUUUUUUGUUAAAACGUCAAAUGUUUGUUUUUUAUUUACCAUCAAAAACAUUUAUUGGCUGUUUAGCUAGAUUUGGAAAGACGAUAAAUUAAAAAUCAAUAUUACACAAUAUACGAGUACUAUGAUUGUAUAAUUAGUCUAAUUGUGAGUUUGUGUAUGUUACUAGUUAAAUAAAUUUCGCUUCAACGAAUGGACUCAAAAUUGUACCCAAAAUCUUAUUCUGAGUGAUGCCCAAAUAGACUGAUUUGAACACAAUUCUAAAUCUUAUCAUAUCGACUGUAGAACAGUACUGUUUUGCUCUAUACAUAUGUAUAUUUUAUGUUUCUUUAAAUUUUGACCUAUAAAUAUUAUCUAAUUCAAUUAUCAUUGGCAGUGACGGAUUUAGGCUUGAUGGCGCCCUAGGCCCUGUUUAUCAAACCGCCCUUAAUGCUCGAAUAAACUUCAGUAAUUUAGAUCCAAUAUUUUUAUUUUAAAUUUUAAAUAAUGAUGUUAAUUUUUUUUUUAAUAAUCGAAAGUAAUUUUUAAAGGAGACUGUCUUUAUUGCUUUUCAUCUAUGAAAUUUUGGCAUUUAAAAAAUCCCCUCUAAUCUGCCGCCGCCCUAGACCCGGACCUCACGAGCCUAGGCUUAAAUCCGCCACUGAACAUUGGUUUGACUUUUAGAAGUGAGAAUGGAUAACCAAUAUGGGGUAGAUAGCGAAAGAUUCACUUGAAUGAUUCUCAUUUAAACUCCUUGAUUUUCGCUGUAAAAACGCUAAGUAUUUUGAAAACCUUUGGCCUCAACUUUUCCUGCUUUCUUACUUGUACAAUCUCACUUCAGGAUCUUAAAAGUUAGUAAAUGGGAAGGUGAAAUCUUGCGAAAAUGCUUUUUGAACUUGUAAUACAAUUUUUGGAUAUUUUCCAUCAUGGUAGAAAAAAAGUACAUUAUUUGAAACUUCCGUCACGGGUUUCAUUCCGUUACAAAAAUUCCCAUUUUAGAAGAUUUUAAGCUUAACUCUUUUGAUCUAAUCGCGAUAAUAAUUUACAAAAAAAAGCUGAUAUGUAUGUAUAGCAUGUUAGUACAUUUAAAUAAUUAAGAAAAUCGACAAUACAUUCAUUAGUGCUCAGUCUGUAAAUAAUGUUUUCAAUAAUAUAAACGGUAUGAUAAUGAAAUGAACUGAGUUUUAAAUGUUUAAGGUAAAUAGAUUUUAUCAAGAUAGGAGUACAUACAGACCCUUUUAAAAGGAAUUUGUCCUGCCUGCGGAGUGAGAUUAUUCUUUGCUAAAAACCUUUUUUAAGAAAUACGUCGAGUACAUGCGUUUUUUUUACUCUCAGAAUAAUGAAAUUAACAUAUCAAAAAUAUUUUAUCUUCCCUUAAUGAUUUAAUCAUUGAAAAAUCGUUUUAACAUAGAUUUUAGUUUCAGAAUUUAGACUAUAAAAUGUUUUAUAAUUUACGGAAUGAUAAUGAAAUUUUAAAUAUUUUUACCGAUCUAUUUAUUCAUCAUUUAUUAAUAUUCAAAGGCAACGUCAUCACAAUGUGUUCAAUUAUACCAAAUAUUUUGUGCAAAAUUUACCAUUUAUUAAAUUUUCAGUACAAUCGAAGCUAAUUCAUGUAUAUAGUUGUAAUGAAUUAAAGAAAACCGAAAUAUGUAGAAAUGAAAAUAAUAUGUAUAUUAGAUGAUUUUCUAACUCUAAUAAACCUAUUGUGCUUAAGAAUUGAUAUAAUAAUAAAGAUAUUCAAUAAUUUAUUUAACGUAGGCAUAGACGCAGGUUUUUAUCAAACUGCAAGGAACCAAAAAAAUCUAUCGUACAUUCAAGUACUUGACAGAAGUUAGCCAUUUUGACAUGAGAAGAUAUAAUUUCAAAGUUAAUAAUAUUUAAAAUCCUAAUUCAGCCUUGAAUAGUAUGAAUAUUUUACGAUUAAUUUCAGUAAUGUAAAUUUACGUAGAUGAUAUUGGUUUUAUAGCCAUCGUCAUUCCGUCACGUCCAAAUUCGUCAAGAUUCAUAACAAGCAAGAUAUCAAUCUUUUACAAAGCUAUAGAUUGGUAGCAAAUGCCGUUGAACCUGCCCACUUAAUUGUACUUAAUAAAGUAAUAUAAAACCUAGUAUUUUUUAAUUAUUUGUCUGUAACCAUUUAGCGAAAUUCUUUGUUGAAUUUAAAUAUAAAUUAAAACAAUAGUUACCAGUAUUUUAAUGUAUGAGGUUUUGAUAUUUUUUCAAAACUAUUUUAAGGGUUUAUUAAUACACCAUUUUAAUACACAUUCGCUUUCGCUAAAAAAAAACAGUACCUCUUAGUGAAUGUUGUUAAAAUACUAAAAUGUUAUUAAAAUUGAUGAGAAUUUAAUCUCAAAUAAAUAAAUUCCAACCACAAAUGUUAAACAACUAAGAAUUUACAUUUAUUUAUAAUUUAAUUAUUACGUUUCGGCUUCUGUGUUACGUAAACAUUAUACAAUAAAUGAAGAAAUAAAUAUAUUUGUGAUAAAAAAA